CCAUUGGUGAAAAGGGAAGCAGGCGGGGCGCGCCCCGCAGGAAGCAGCACGAGCGCAGCGGCGCGAGCUGGACGCAUCGCGACAAAACCCGCUGAGCACGAGCUCCAACGAGGCGGUCACGGCGAGGGGCCAGCGGCGGACAGGAGGGAGGAGGGACCUAACCGCUCUCCCACGCUCCCGCUCACGCUCCCCCGGACUUUCGCUUCCCCGUUUUUGGUCCCAAACGCUUCCUCGUUAAGAUGGCUGACCCCAACAGCGACGGAGAGGUACCGGAGAGCGCGCGCGGUUUCGCCCGUCAGGGAGCCCUCCGUCAGAAGAACGUCCACGAGGUCAAGAACCACAAGUUCAUCGCGCGCUUCUUCAAGCAGCCCACCUUCUGCAGCCACUGCACGGACUUCAUCUGGGGCUUCGGGAAGCAGGGAUUCCAGUGCCAAGUGUGCUGUUUUGUGGUCCACAAGCGCUGUCAUGAAUACGUCACCUUCUCAUGUCCGGGGGCCGACAAGGGACCUGCCUCCGACGAUCCCAGGAGCAAACACAAGUUCCGGGUGCACACGUACUCCAGCCCCACCUUCUGCGACCACUGCGGCUCCCUGCUCUAUGGGCUCAUCCAUCAGGGCAUGAAGUGCGAUCACUGUAUGAUGAACAUCCACAAGCGCUGUGUUGCCAAUGUCCCCAGCCUGUGUGGGACGGACCACACGGAGAGGAGAGGACGUAUCCACAUCUCAGCGCAGAUCAGCGGAGACAGCCUCACCGUCAAAAUUAUGCAGGCAAAAAACUUGGUGCCUAUGGACCCUAACGGCCUGUCGGACCCCUAUGUGAAACUGAAGCUGAUCCCAGACCCCAAGAGUGAGAGCAAGCAGAAGACCCGCACCAUCAAGUGCUGCCUCAACCCCGUGUUCAACGAGAACUUCACUUUCACUCUGAAGGAGAGUGACAAAGACCGGCGCCUGUCUGUGGAGGUGUGGGACUGGGACCUCACCAGCCGCAACGACUUCAUGGGCUCCCUCUCCUUUGGCAUCUCUGAGCUGCAGAAACAAGAGAUAGACGGAUGGUAUAAAUUGUUGGCCCAGGAGGAAGGAGAAUACUUCAAUGUCCCGGUGCAGCCAGAUGGAGAGGAUGGAAACGAGGAGCUCCGGCAGAAAUUUGAGAGGUGGAAGGUGGGCCCGGGCAAGCCUGCGGACUCCUCCUCCUCCUCUUCUAUCUGCAAAUACGACAGCAACGGCAACCAGGACCGCGUCAAGCUGUCGGACUUCAACUUCAUCAUGGUCCUGGGAAAGGGCAGCUUCGGAAAGGUGAUGCUAGCGGAGAGGAAGGGCACAGAUGAGUUGUACGCCAUAAAGAUCUUAAAGAAGGACGUGGUGAUCCAGGACGAUGAUGUGGAGUGCACUAUGGUGGAGAAGCGGGUGCUGGCCCUGUCUGGAAAACCACCCUUUCUCACUCAGCUGCACUCCUGCUUCCAAACUAUGGACAGAUUGUAUUUUGUGAUGGAGUACAUAAACGGAGGAGACCUCAUGUACCACAUUCAGCAGGUUGGCAAGUUCAAGGAGCCUCACGCUGUGUUUUAUGCGGCCGAGAUUGCCAUCGGACUUUUCUUCCUUCACUCUAAAGGCAUCGUGUAUCGCGAUCUGAAGUUGGACAACGUCAUGCUGGACUCCGAGGGUCACAUAAAGAUUGCAGACUUCGGCAUGUGCAAAGAGAACAUGUGGGACGGAGAGACCACCAAGACCUUCUGUGGAACGCCAGACUAUAUCGCUCCUGAAAUUAUUGCCUACCAGCCAUAUGGGAAGUCGGUGGACUGGUGGGCGUAUGGAGUGCUACUCUAUGAAAUGCUGGCAGGGCAGCCACCAUUUGAUGGAGAAGAUGAGGACGAGCUGUUUCAGUCCAUCAUGGAGCAUCACGUCUCUUACCCUAAAUCCAUGUCCAAAGAAGCAGUGGCCAUCUGCAAGGGGCUGAUGACAAAGCACCCUGCCAAGCGCCUGGGCUGUGGUCCCGAAGGCGAACGAGACAUCAGGGAGCACGCUUUCUUCCGCUUUAUCGACUGGGAAAAACUUGAGAACAAAGAGGUGCAGCCGCCAUUCAAACCGAAAGCUUGUGGCCGUGAGGCGGAGAACUUUGAUCGCUUUUUCACACGCCACCCUCCCGAGCUGACCCCCACAGAUCAGGACGUUAUUUUCAACCUGGACCAGAACGAGUUCCAAAACUUCUCAUUUGUUAACCCUGAGUAUGCCCAGCCAAGCCACUGACCACAUAGGCGCUGGUCAUAUCAGUGUACGCUCUGUGGAAAACACUUUGACAUGUUGAGGUUCUUAGCUGAAAAGAGCAAUACCUUGCUUUUGUCAUGCAUCCAAUUGUCUGUGUUAAAUAACAUAACUAAAAUCAUGCCAAAUUCUUGUUGUUAGAGAUGGUUCAUCUGUUAAGAAUUCAUUUACAUAUAAUGAAGUACUGUAUGUUACGAUGUCUGACUUCUGACUUAUCAGUAUGGACACACACACACGUGGUAACACUAGCCUCAAAGCUAACCUUCAGUUCUGGAUCCUGAUCCUGCACUUGCUGUAAUGCCCAGAGUAACAUAUCAUUGAAUAGAGGCUGUGUGUAGAUCUGUUCUGAUUUGACUUGUGUGGUAAAGCAUGCAUGUUGUGCUGCUCCUAUCCCCUGUUUUAGCAGACUACCUGUAUGCUGUCUUUUUAACAUAUGAGGUUUACCUUUUUAAACCUGGAAUCAUGUCAUUUUUUGUUUAUACAUAUUGACAAAUCUAAAUGUACUCUGUUCACAUAUUGAUAAUAUUCAGACAGUGUAAGUGAAAACUGACAUCUUACUUUGCUACUUGCUUAAGUACUUUUCUGUUUUUAUAGGAACAAAUCCUUUAGUUCAGUGCUAUGUUGUGGUGAGCUUCUCUCAAAGUAUUUGCUGAUGUUUGUUUUAACCAGUCAGACUGUAAGUUGUAAAUGCAGUGGUCUGACCUUUAGUGGUUUUAACUUAAAGCUGUUGUUUCUGUUUUCUGCAUUCACCACACUGCACUGUGUUUCACAAUGGGACAUAUCUGUUCUGAUGUACAAUUGUGGAUCACCAUGGUUACAAACUCCUGUUAUGUGCCAAACUGUGAUAAAGGGCAGUCAGGCUGUGCCAUAGCAGCACAUGUACAUUACACUGUAGUGGUACAUUCCUUCAAACCUCAGCAAAAUCCUUUUCAUUCUAUAUAUAUGAACUGUUUGAGAAGAUGUGUUUUAUCGUGAGGAGGUAUCUUUUGUAACUGUGAAUCAAUGCAGGAUAGAUAUCAUUUGUCAAACCUUGUUCUCUGAGCUUGUAUCAAAUACCAUAUGUUGAUGGAAAGACUAGUUUUGUCAAUUAAGAGCUAACACCCUGAUGGUAAGAAGCAAUGAUGGAAUGGUCACAUUGAAAAUAAAUAUAUAUUCAGUUAUUAA